AUGGGAACCUGCGCCUCCAAGCCUCCCAAAUCAAACCCUUACGCUGACAGAGAUCAGCCAAGUGACCUUCCUGAACCUGCGCAGACUCCGAAGUCCCAGGCGGACCGGGACCUUCUCACGGCCAUCAAGCAGUCUCCGUUCUUCCCAUUCUACACCCCGAGCCCUGCCCAUGGCGUCAAGGCUCCGAAAUCUCCGGCCAGCUCCACUCCGAUGCGGAUCUUUAGACGGCCUUUCCCUCCGCCUUCUCCGGCCAAACACAUCAAGGCGGUGCUCCGCCUCCGGAGGGAGAAGAAGGCGGUCGCGAUUCCGGAGGACGAGGAGAGUGAUGAGCCGGCGGAGUUGGACAAGAGAUUUGGGUUCUCGAAGGAGUUCACUAGUCGGUUAGAGGUAGCGGAGGAGCUCGGUCGAGGUCAUUUUGGAUAUACUUGCUCCGCCAAGUUCAAAAAAGGUGAACGCAAAGGCCAGAAGGUCGCUGUCAAGGUCAUCCCCAAGUCUAAGAUGACAACAGCUAUUGCAGUUGAGGAUGUAAGAAGGGAAGUGAAAAUUUUACGCGCCUUGACAGGACAUAACAAUCUUGUACAAUUCUAUGAUGCAUUUGAAGACCCUGAAAAUGUCUAUAUAGUUAUGGAGUUAUGUGAAGGAGGGGAACUUUUAGACCAAAUACUUUCACGUGGUGGGAAAUACUCAGAAGAUGAUGCCAAGACUGUCUUGAUGCAAAUACUUAAUGUGGUUGCAUUUUUUCAUCUCCAGGGUGUGGUUCACCGAGAUCUCAAACCAGAGAACUUCUUGUAUACUUCUAAAGAUGAGAAUUCCAAGCUGAAAGCGAUAGACUUUGGCUUGUCAGAUUUUGUCAGACCAGAUGAAAGGCUUAAUGACAUUGUAGGAAGCGCAUACUAUGUGGCCCCUGAAGUUCUGCAUAGAUCUUAUAGUACAGAAGCAGAUGUAUGGAGUAUAGGCGUAAUAGCAUACAUUUUAUUAUGUGGUAGUCGUCCAUUUUGGGCUCGGACAGAGUCUGGCAUUUUCCGGGCUGUCUUGAAAGCUGAACCAAGUUUUGAUGAAGAUCCUUGGCCUUCAUUAUCUUCAGAGGCGAAGGAUUUUGUCAAGCUUCUAUUGAAUAAGGACCCCAGAAAGCGAAUGACAGCUGCUCAGGCUUUAAUUCAUCCUUGGAUCCGGAAUCAUCGUGAUGUAAAAGUUCCGCUUGAUAUUUUGAUACUUCGACUCAUGAAGGCAUACUUGCGAUCAUCAUCUUUGCGUAAGGCUGCUUUAAGGGCUCUGUCUAGAACGCUAACUGCCGAUGAACUCUUUUAUCUGAAGGAGCAAUUUGCAUUGUUAGAUCCUGAAAAUAAUGGUAGCAUAACCUUAGAAGAUAUUAAGAUGGUUCUAAUGAAAAAUGCGACAGAUUCGAUGAGGGAGUCUCGCAUUAUUGAUUAUCUUCUUUCGCUAAAUGCACCUCAAUACAGAAGAAUGGACUUUGAAGAGUUCUGUGCAGCUGCAUUAAGUGUCCACCAGCUGGAGGCACUUGAUCGCUGGGAACAACAUGCCCGUUGUGCAUAUGAGAUUUUUGAAAAGGAUGGGAAUCGGGCUAUUGUGAUUGAGGAACUUGCUUCAGAACUUGGGCUAGGCCCCUCCAUCCCAGUUCAUGCUGUUCUCCAUGAUUGGAUUAGACACACUGAUGGCAAGCUAAGUUUCCUUGGUUUUGUUAAAUUGCUCCAUGGUACAUCCAGCAGAAGUGGUACGAAGCCACAUUGAAGACUUACGGUUUGUUGCUUGUAAGAGAAAAUAAUUGCUAAUACUUCUUGGCAACAAGUAAUGUACAAGAUUGGUCUGCAUGUUCUGCAAUUGGUGCUUCCAGGUUGGGAUCUUGGCAAGCGUAGUCCUUUAUGACCAUUUUCAGUAAAGAUUACAGGUGAUCACUGUUUUCAACAAUCUAUUGGAGGAGCCAGAACGUCCAGAACUUGCAGGGCUGUCGAUUGUUUCCUGAGAAGCCAUGAAAAUCUUUGGCUCUAGGGUGUAAAGAUGUAGGGAUAGUGUUGCCUGAACAGGUGAAAAGCAUUCCACUUUUGUUGGCUGAUAAUGCUUUAUUGUUUAUACACUUUCCAUUUGUCCUGUCUUUAACUUUUGCUACCUGCUGGACAGCUAUAUGAGAAA